CUUUCACCUCCCUAACAGCCCCCAUACUUUCCGCUCCUCAAGACGAAGUCUUAUUUAUUACCAUGAUACCAUCCCCUCUCUAUCCUCCAUUUUUCUCUAGCUCCAUCAAAUCUAAAUCAAUACCAUAAAGUUGUUUAUGCCAUUGAGAGAAACAUAGGCUGAAACACAAUCCUCUCGUCUUGUCAAUUUGUGGUUUCGAGUUUACAUUCUUCUUCAUCAAUGGAGAACAGCGACAAAGAGGCCGGUCCCGGGGCACGACCCCCAAGUGGAAAGUCCCCUACCAGGCUGCAAAAACACGCACCUGCAGCUCUUCAGCUUGAUGGAAUCGAGAACAAUGGCAAUACCGAACCUUAUGCUUCCUCUUCCUGUGCAAUUCCAUUGUUAUCUCCACUUGUACUUUCUCCCCAGUUUUCGCAUGAGGCAGAAGAGAUUCGAUUAGCAGGUAAUGGCAACGAUGAACGAGAUCAUAAUGAGUUGGGUGCAACCCCGGCAUCAGGUGGAUGGCAACAUCCAGCCGUGGACGCAUUGACAGAACCUUCAACUCUCUUGGCUUUUUUCCAAUCACAAUGCACAAUUGUUAACCGGGUGCAGUGAGGUUUUGACAGGCACUUGCGUCGCAGCUCCGGCCACUUUUGGUUUUGCAACAGUUGUUUCACUGUAAUGCUGGUUGCUUUGGUUAUGUUGUGAUCUAUUCAUUACCACAUUCCUAUUCCUUCUCUUUUCUUUGUUUCCUAAGAUUUUAGAACAGACCAGCUUUAACCUCAAGAUGAUGGUCUUGCUGUGCUAUGUAAGAAAGAAUAAAAAACGUAUGCUUUAAUC